CAUAUGAGCAUGUUACAAAUGUGCAUAGCAUAUAUUAAUAAACAUUAAUAAUUUUACCGACAUAACAGAAAAUGUCAACAUGUCGUUUUUAAGUAGAGUUGCAGAAAAAACUUCGAAGUUUAGUUGCCUUCGAUUGAUGUCCGUGUACCCUACACACUACAUUGAACCAAUUGUACAAAAACACAAACAAGUUGAACAAAAGAGUGAAUUGUCAAAGCUCUAUCAUAUACCUAUUAAGGCGGCUGUCAACAAAUCUUCUGAUACAGUUUUCCAUGACGAUACAAAGGAAAAACUUAUAAAUUAUAUAACGAAAAAAGGGAAUAGUGCACUUGCUAGAACCCUUUUGUCGAAGACGUUAGAAUUAAUUAAACGCACGCAGACGGAGCACAUGAAUCUGGCGAAAGGAGAAAACACCAUCAAUACCAAUGCCGAAACUCUUCUGAAACAAGCGGUCGAAAAUUGUAGACCAUUGUUACAAGUGACUGCCAUUAAACGUGGUGGAGUUACCUACCAAGUUCCUGUCCCUAUUACGACAAAGCGAUCCUAUUUUCUGGCAAUGAAGUGGCUUUUGGAUGCAGCUCGUGAAAAGGAACGCAAAGUGUCUCUUCCGGAGAAACUCGCCUGGGAGAUUCUGGACGCUGCCCAUGGACAGGGAAGGGUCGUUAAGCGAAAGGACGAUUUGCACAGGCAGUGUGAAAGUAACCGUGCCUACGCACAUUAUCGCUGGAGCUAAAUUUACAAUGAACUGCUUUUUUAAACCAAUAAAGUUUUCAUGAUUCUGUUA